GCCAAAGAUCAAAUUAAAUUAUAACGGUUUUUUUUCAACGUGGUUUUUGAGUUAAAUUGUUGAUAAACGCAAACACACUGUUUGUUGCAAUGGAUAGUAGCAAUAACCGAUAGUUCGAUAAGAAUUAAGAAAAAAAAUAAAUCAAAUCCACUUGACAACGCAUUUAUUGAAGAGUUCUGUUAAAUUUCUUGUUUUUCAAAGAUGUUGAUCGAGUUAUUACGGAUUCAAGAUAUAUGCGCUAUUUUGGCUUUAAUUAUAAUGUACAUUGUGGUCGGAUAUCGUCCACCUUGGCUAUGGAAACAUAUUGAGAAGAGACAAAUGACAAUUGCUGACAUUCCGGGACCGUUAUCAAUACCUUUCUUGGGUACCCGUUGGAUUUUUUGGUUCAAAAAUUACUCAAUUUCGAAAUUGCACGAGGUAUAUGCCGACUUAUUUUUACAAUAUGGCCCGAUUAUAAAGGAGGAAACGCUGUUUAACAUUCCUGUUGUUAGUGUGGUUAAACGAUGUGAUAUAGAAAGAGUAUUAAAGUCUAGUGGAAAAUAUCCAGUUCGUCCACCAACCGAAGCAAUUGCUCAUUAUAGAAGGAGCAGACCUGACCGAUAUGCCAGUGGUGGAAUUGUGAAUGAGCAAGGUGUCGUUUGGCAUCAUUUACGGAUGAAUCUCACCUCCGAGUUAACAAGUACAAGAACCAUUGCUGGCUUUGCACCUGUAAUUGAUCAGAUUGUGGAGGAAUGGUGCAGUUUAAUUAAACUGCAGCGUGUAUCAGGUAAAUAUAUCGAGGAUUUAAAACCACUUGCGGAACGGUUAGGACUAGAAGUUACAUGCGCCUUAGUUCUUGGACGACGGAUGGGUUUCCUUCAACCUAACGGUACGUCGCCUACUACCCAAGCUUUAUCUGUCGCCGUUCAUGAGCAUUUCUUGGCUUGUCGAGACACAUUCUAUGGGUUACCAUUUUGGAAAGUCUGGCAGACUCCUGCGUACAAUCAUUUAGUACGAGGUGAAGAAGCUAUAUACACCUUAGCGUUAGAACUAAUCGAAUCGGCUAAUGAGGAGACUGAACAAAGCGCGAUUUUUCAAUCUGUCUUACGUGCAAAUAUUGAUAAUCGUGAGAAAACUGUAGCAAUUGUAGAUUUUAUUGCGGCCGGUAUCUAUACUUUAGGUAAUUCCGUUGUUUUUCUGUUACAUUUGAUUGCAAGUCACGAGGAAUGCCAAAGGAAACUAUUGGAUGAUCUCAAUAAUGGAUCUACUACUUAUCUAAAAGCAUGCAUCAAUGAGGCUUUUCGCAUCAUUCCAACUGCGUACUGUUUGGCACGUGUGACUGAGCAAGAUCUUGAGUUAUCUGGAUAUUAUCUCAAGGCAGGAACAGUGGUGCUGUGCCAUGCUGGUCUGGCAUGUCAAGGUAAUGACAAUUUUCAAGAUGCUCAUUUAUUUAACCCAGACCGAUGGAUUGGAGAGUCUAAAGCUAACACUGUUUCGACUGCAACUUAUUUGGUAAUUCCUUUUGGUAUAGGGAAACGCAUUUGCCCGGGUAGAAGGUUUGUGGAGCAAGUGUUAGUCUCUUUACUGUCUAAUGUUGUUAGGGAGUUUCAUUUUACCUGUAUUGAUGAUUUAAAGUUACAAUUUGAAUUUUUACUGGCACCAAAAGGACCUGUUGCAAUGAAUUUUGUUGACCAAAAUAUAUAAGUACAUGGGAAAUUUUUCAGGGAUAUUGAUUAGCAUGUUAGCUUAUUAAGGUUCUUUUACCUUUCUAUUAAAGGUGAAUAGAACACAAAUAUUUAAUUGUAAUUUUUAAAGAGGUUUAAGACUAUUGUAAUUAUAAGACUGAUGAAGCAAACAAGUUACACAGCAUCAAUAAUUAUUAUGGACCAAAAAAUUUGUUGGCUGUAGUACCAGAACCUGCUCUUAUUUUUUUAUGUAAGUUUUGUAGUUCGCACAUCUUUAUGUGUGUCAUAAAUGUUUUGUAAGAUUACAAAUUCAUUCCUCACUUUUACAUUUCUUCCAGUACAAAUGUAUGUUCAAACUUGUUAUCUAUUAUUUAAGAAGGGAAUGUGAUGUUUAGAUAAGGAUAGUGUUAAGUGCAUUUGAUAUGAUACAACAUGGUUUAAUAGGACUGCAGUUUUCAAUGAACAUUAAGUACCUUGAAAUGGAGGAAAUUCCUUUUAAUACUCUCUUACUGAUUUGUUCUUUUUUUUUAAUUUCUAUGUUUAUAUUUAAUUUUAUAUUCGAAUCGUAUACGUAUAAAUAUUCAAUAAAAUUUGUUAUUGCAA